CAAGCGCGGCGGGCGCGGUGGCCGGGGCGCGGGGGGGGCUUGGGCCGGCGAGGAUGGUGAACGUGGGGCUGCAGUUCCAGGCGAGCGCCGGGGACGCGGACCCGCAGAGCCUGCCACUGCUGCUGCUCGGGCAGCUGCACCACCUGCACCGGCCCUGGAGCCACGUCCGCGGGAAGUUGCUGCCCCGGGUCGCCGAGGAGCUCUGGCAGGCUGCCCUAAGCACGCUCAACCCCAGCCCCACGGACAGCUGUCCCUUCUACCGGAACUAUGCCACCGUGGCUGCCCUUCGCUACAGGGUGAGCCGGCACAAUAGCCCCUCGGCCGCGCAUUUUGUCACCCGGCUCGUGCGGACCUGCCUGCCGCCGGGAACCCAUCGGUGCAUUCUGAUGGUCUGUGAGCGGUCGGACGCCUUCGCCUCGGCCUGUGCCCUGGCCCGCACUUUCCCACUCUUCACCCAACGCUCAGGGGCAUCAUGGCUCCCGGAGAAGAAGACCGUCACAGUGAAGUUUUUCCUGGUGGGACAAGACAACGGGCCAGUGGAAGUGUCCACUUUGCAAUGUUUAACAAGUGUCACAGAAGGCGUGCGGCUGGCAGCCCGCAUUGUGGACACGCCCCGCAAUGAGAUGAACACGGACACCUUCCUCGAGGAGAUUAAGAAAGUUGGAAAAGAACUGGGGAUCGUCCCAACCGUUAUCCGGGACGAGGAGCUGAAGACGAGAGGAUUUGGAGGGAUCUGCGGUGUGGGCAAGGCUGCCCUCCACCCCCCAGCCCUAGCCGUCCUCAGCCACACCCCAGACGGAGCCACCCAGACCAUCGCGUGGGUGGGCAAGGGCAUCGUCUACGACACUGGGGGUCUCAGCAUGAAGGGGAAGACCACCAUGCCGGGGAUGCAGAGGGACUGCGGAGGCGCCGGGGCCGUGUGGGGGGCCUUCAGAGCCGCCGUCAAGCAGGGUUUCAAAGACACGCUCCACGCCGUGUUCUGCUUAGCUGAGAACUUGGUGGGACCCAGCGCCACGAGGCUGGACGACAUCCACCUGCUGUACUCAGGAAAGACUGUGGAAAUCAACAACACGGAUGCCGAGGGCAGGCUGGUGCUGGCAGAUGGCGUGUCCUUCGCGUGCAAGGACCUGGGCGCCGACAUCAUCCUGGACAUCGCCACGCUGACCGGAGCUCAGGGCAUCGCCACGGGCAAGUACCACGCUGCAGUGCUCACCAACAGCGCCGAGGGGGAGGCGGCCUGCAUGAAGGCUGGGCAGCAGUGCGGGGACCUGGUGCACCCGCUUGUCUACUGCCCGGAGCUGCACUUCAGCGAGUUCACCUCGGCCGUGGCCGACAUGAAGAACUCAGUGGCGGACCGGGACAACGGCCCCAGCUCCUGCGCCGGCCUUUUCAUCGCCUGGCACAUCAGCUUCGACUGGCCCGGGGUCUGGGUCCACCUGGACAUUGCCGCGGCCGUGCACGCCGGUGAGCGGGCCACGGGCUUUGGUGUGGCCCUGCUGCUGGCACUCUUCGGCCGGGCCUCUGAGGACCCUCUGCUGAACCUGGCGUCCCCGCUAGGUUGUGAGGUGGACGCCCAGGAGGGGGACGCGGAGAGGGACUCCAAGAAGCGCAGGCUCGUGUGACACGGUUGCCCCACCCGGCGACGCUGGGCUCUUUACCUCACUUUGCACUGAUUAAUUGUAAGCAAUUGGAAGAUUAUACCUUAAGAUGAAGAAAAAAAAAUCCAGUUAGAAAAUAUGCAAAAGAGGACUUCCCCAGUGGGGAAGACUCCACGCUCCCAAUGCAGGGGGCCCAGGUUCAAUCCCUGGUCAGGGAACUAGAUCCCGGAUGCAUGCCGCAACUAAGAGUUCACAUGCCGCAAGUAAGAAGUCCACAUGGGGCUUCCCUGGUGGGGCAGUGGUUAAGAAUCCUGCCAGUGCUGGGGACACGGGUUCGAGCCAUGGUAGGGGAAGAUUCCACAUGCUGCGGAGAAACUUAAGGCCAUGCGCCACAACUACUGAGCCUGCACUCUAGAGCCCGUAAGCCACAACUACUGAACCCACGUGCCUAGAGCCCGUGCUCUGCGACAAGAGAAGCCACCACAAUAAGAAACCCACGCACCACAACGAAGAGUAGCCCCCGCUCGCUGCAGCUAGAGAAAGCCUGUGCACAGCAAUGAAGACCCAGUGCAGCCAAAAAAAAAAAAAAGGUCCACAUGCUGCAACUAAGAAGUCUGCCUGCCGCAACUAAAGAUCCCACGUGCCACAAUUAAGACUUGGUGCAGCCUAGAUAGAUAGAUAGAAAGAAAAUAUGCAAAAGACAUGGCCAGAUAUUUCACUAAAAAGGAUAUACAAAUGGCAAAUAAGCACAUGAAGAUGUUUAAUAUCAUUAAUUAUUAAGGAAAUGCAAAUGAGAUAUCACCACACACUUAUUAGAAUAGGUAAAAUAAAAUAUAGUGAUAACACCAGAUGCUUGUGAGGGGAUGUGGGGAAACUGGAUCACUCAUACAUUGCUGGUGGGGAUGUAAAAUGGUACAGCCACUCUUGAAAACAGUUUGGCGGUUUCUUAUAAAACUAAACUUGCAGCUACCAAAUGACCUAGAAAUUGCAGUGUUGGGCAUUUAUCUGAGAGAAAUGAAAACUUAUGUUCACAUAAAAAUCUGUACGCAAAUGUUCAUGACAGCUUUAUUUGUAAUAGCCCAAAAGUGGAAACAACCCAGAUAUCAUUCAACAGGUAAGUGGAUAAACUGUGGUAUAUCCCUACCGUGGAACACUACUCAGCAAUAAAAAAGAACAAACUAUUGAUACAUACAGCAACUUGGGUGAAUCUCCAGGGGAUUAUACUAAAUUUUAAAAGCCAAUGAGAAAAGGUUACGUACAAUAUAAUUAUAUUUAUAUAAAAUUUAGGAAUGAAAAAAUUUUAGAAAUGGAGGAAAGAUUAAUGGUUGUCAGAAGUUAGGGACAGAACUGUAGGUAAGGGAGGUAGGGGGAGGAAUCGAGAAGGAGGUAGUUGUGGUUAUAAAAGGGCAACACAGGGAUCCUUCUGGAAUGGAACUGUUCAGUAUCUUGACUGUGGUAGUGGAUACAUGAACCUACAAAGGUGAUAAAAUUCUGUGCAACUUAAUACACACACACACACACACACAAAUAAGGACAAGGAAGAGACUUGGGAAAUCUAAAUAAGAUCGGUGGAUUAUAUCAGUGUCUUACCCACCAAAGUGGUAAGGAGGCCCUGAAAGAUCAAGAGUGAAACAGUCUUAGUGAACAAUGUAGAUGCUAGAAUAGAAAGAAUGACAAAUCUCAGACUGUGGGUUGAAAAUUGCCAAGAAGUGGCAGCAUAUUUUCAAAUUUUUCAUAUUAACUUAAUUUUAAAUUAA